AUGUAUCUUGUGUUCAAAUUAGAUCCAAAUGUAUAUGAUGAUAUUGCAAUUGGUAAUUCAGUUGUUAUAUUUGCCAAUCGUCAGACUGAGGUACGGCGAAAACGCAGGAGAACUGGUUAUCCUAAUGUUCAAAGAAGAGGUGAUGGAUGGAUGGAAAUAGAAAUGGGGAAGUUUUUUAAUGAUGUAGGGGAAGAAAGAGAUGUUGAAGCGCGACUACUGGAGAUUAGGCAUCGCUUUGGGAAUGGCGACCUCUUAAUUGAAGGAGUAGAGUUUCGACCAGAAUGA